GUAAUUUUAUGAAAAUAUUAAUGUAGUACAUAGUAAAUUUACAAUUGAAUAAACUUAAUAAAGUAAAGCUUACUAGCAACAGUAACAGUGUAUUUAAUAAAACGUUUUUAAACAAGGAUAACGUAACAUUUCAUAAUGUAUAUAUUUUUUAUUUAGGGUACUUGUAUUGAAUGUAAAAAUGUCUACAAUAAAAACUAGAUAUUUAGUUAUUGGUGGCGGCAUAGCUGGCGUUACUUGUGUUGAGACAUUAGCAAUUUUACAUCCCGAAGAAAAACUUGUAAUAAUUACUGCAUCUUCACUUGUUAAAAAUGUAAGCAAUGUAAGUUUUUAUGCUAAAACUGUGGUAAAGUUUGAUGUUAAAGAUACCGAAGCAAGUUCAUUGUUAAAGAUACAUCCAAAUUUGAAAAUAGUUUAUGAUUCAGUGAAAUACCUGGAUACAAAAAAUAAAAUAGCUGUUACUGACGACAAUGUUUCAAUCCAAUAUGAUGUGGUAUGCAUUUGUACCGGUGGAAUACCAAGAUUAAUAUCAGACUCAAAUAAAUUCAACAGGAUACUUGGUAUUAGAGAUACAGACUCGGUUAAAGAUUUUCAGGAAAAACUUAAAGAUGGCCGUCGCAUGGUCAUUGUAGGUAAUGGUGGUAUUGCAUCAGAAAUUGUUCAUGCUACCCAAGGCAUUCAGAAGGUAUGGGUGAUCAGAGAUGACUAUAUAUCAGCCACAUUUGUUGAUCCUGGAGCGGCCGAAUUCUUUCAAGAUACAUUCCGAAAUAAAUCUGAAGAAAAUAAAGAUACCACUAUUUUAAGAAGGCACAUAUUUUCUGAAGAUGAUACAGUAGUAUCUAUUAAUAAGAAUUUGAAGUCUGCAGCUUUAGGUCCUGAUUGGUAUAGAAAACUUGAAAAUGUUAAGAAUGCAAGUGGUGAACAAGAACUUGAAAUAAUUUAUAAAGUUGAAGUUGAAUCAGUGGAAGAAGUUAAUGAACAAGAAUUUGCUUUAAAUAUAAAGUUGACUAAUGGAAGAACCAUACAGUGUGAUUUUGUUAUAUCUGCCACUGGAGUUGAACCUGCUGUAAAUUUUUCUUGUGAUGAAUCAUUAAAAAGAGGUUUUGAUGGUGGUUUGGCUGUAGAUGAAUUUCAAGAAACUUCAAUAAAAGAUGUUUUUGCUGCUGGCGAUGUAGCAAGUGCAACUUGGCAACAUGCUCCUCACUGGUUUCAGUUAAGACUAUGGACCCAAGCUCGUCAAAUGGCUGGAAUGGCAGCUAAAGCUAUGCAUGCUAGAAUAACAAACGAAACAGUCUUGCAAGACUUUUGCUUUGAAUUAUUCACACAUUGCACAACUCUUUUUGGAUAUAGAGUUGUAUUAUUAGGUAAAUACAAUGGUCAAGGUCUAGGGAAUGAUUAUGAAAUACUAUUAAGAACAACUCCUCGUCAUGAAUACAUAAAAUUUGUGUUGCAAAAUGGAAGGUUGCAAGGUGCCAUAUUAAUCGGUGAAACUGAUCUAGAAGAAAUGUGUGAAAAUUUAAUACUUGAUCAAAUAGAUCUUACACCUUUUGGUGAUGAUAUAUUAAAUCCAGACAUAGACAUUGAUGAUUAUUUUGAUUAAGUCAAAAUAAAACUAUAAAUUAUUGAACAAAUGUACCAAAGUAUAAGUUGUUACUGAAAUAAUAAAUUAUUGCAAUUAUAAUGUUAUUAACAUA